AUGAGCAAGUUAAGCGCCUUCUUCGAGAAGAAAAAGAAGAAAGUAACGAAGGCCACUGCUCCUCCAGAUCUUACGCAACUGACUGAGAAGGAGGAGGAGCCGAUAGCUGAAGACAACGCAGAAUGGAGUUUGGAGCUGCAACAGGACACAGGUGCCUGGGCAGCUGCCUCGGCGAGCCCUGUGGCAGGAGGGGCAACAGCUGAUGGCACUCUGGGGCGGUCGCUCCGGGUCAGUGCCGUUGGGGCUUACGAAAUCGAGAGUAAGAAAGACAAGAGCUGGAGCACCAUGAAACGACUGGAGGAGGAACAGCGCAGGGGGCUUCAAGAGCUGCGGGAGCAGGAGGCCCGAGAGUUAUUGAUACAACAACAGCUUGAGCAAGGUUUAGACCCACAGCUAGAUGCGACUCCCGACGUGUCCCAUUCUCAGGAGACGCCGCCUUCGAAGGAAGGAGAAAACAAACCCUGGGUUUCUGUUCGCGUGCUGCGGUCCCUAGAAGGAGGUGCGUCUCUCCGCAGACCCCGAGUGGCGCCCGUACCCUCAUUUGAUGAAGAUCCUGACUUGGCAACAGCAGUGCAGCUGAUCAACAACAAACCUCAACAGCAACAAGCCAAGAAACAGCAGACGCGCAAGAGCCCUGUAGAACCCCAACCAGACAGUUCCGUUAGCACUUCCCCUUCCACCAAGUGCGACGACCACCAACAGCAGCAGGGAAACAGCACCAGCAAUCUAAGCGACUCCGAGGGCUCGGUUUCAGGGCCUGUAACAUUCACCUUCGACGUUCAGAAAUUCGUCUCGUUUAGGGGCCUCUCAGGAGUAAGCGCUGCACUCGACGCCGAGCUCGUGAGGAGGAAAUAUGAAUGCAGGCCCCCUUGGACAACGCUUGCAGCAACAGAGGCAUGA